AUGGCGGCGCCCACAAGGCGGACUGUGUUAUGGCUGGCGAGGUGCUGGCGGCGGUUCGAGAGACCCUGGAGUCUGAAUUCUCGUAGCUUGACCCUUGCGGCUGCACCGUCGAAUAGCUCAUCUCCAUGGCGCCUGUUGGGUGCGUUGUGCCUGCAGCGGCCACCGGUGGUCUCGAAGCAAUUGACCCCGAUGCAGGAAGAGAUGGCAGCUCUGCUACAGCAGAUUGAGAUAGAGAGAAGCCUGUAUUCAGACCAUGAACUUCGUGCUUUGGAUGAAGCCGAGCAACUGGCAAAGAAAAAAAGUGACCUUUAUGAAGAAGAAGAUGAGAAGAAUAUAUUGCUGGUGCAGGACUUGGAAGACAUGUGGGAGCAGAAAUUCCUGCAGUUCAAACCUGGAGCUCGAAUAACAGAUGCCGACGUAAAGAAUGACCGAAGCUCGCUGCACCGGAAGCUUGACAGGAACCUUAUUCUGUUGGUCCAAGAGAAGCUUGGAGACCAGGACGUUUGGGUGCUGCCCCAGGCCGAGUGGCAACCUGGGGAGACGCUCCGCCGAACAGCUGAGCGAACCCUGGCCACACUCUCAGAAAACAACAUGGAAGCCAAGUUCCUGGGAAAUGCGCCCUGCGGCCACCACAAGUUCAAGUUCCCCCAGGCAGUGCGGAUGGAGGGCAGCCUCGGGGCCAAGAUCUUCUUCUUCAAAGCCCUGCUGCUAAGCGGAGACUUUUCCCCGGCCGUGGAGAAGGGCCGUCAUGUGUGGGCCAGCAAGGAGGAACUGGGGGACUAUUUGAAGCCCAAAUACCUGGCCCAGGUCAGGAGGUUUCUCUUGGACCUCUGA